GCGGUCUCGAGUUCGUAGUGAAAAAUGGCCGGCGCCAACGAUUGUUUCAGCAUUGGGAGUACGGUGGCCUGUAAAACCUGUUACAAGGAGGAGAUCGAAGGCGAGGUGUUAGCAUUCGAUCCACAGACUAAAAUGCUAAUCCUGAAAUGUCCAUCGUCAAGUGGGACACCGACCUUAAACGAUGUGCAUAUAGUAAAUUUAUCAUUGGUGUCCGAAGUCCAAGUCAAGCGGGAAGUUAGUCCUACAACUAGUGAACCACCACAAAGCCUUAAUUUGCAAAAGCUGAACAGAAGAGUACGUAAUCAAAUUGAAGAGAAGAAGAAACUGGUAAUGGCUCUGCAGGCCGGAGUAUCUCCAGAAGGACAGAAACUCUUCAGCACCAUAUCAAAGACUAUCCCAGAAAUCACGUGGAGCGGGGCAAACAUCGUUGUAUUCGACAAUGUCACGAUUAGACCGCCAUACAAAGUUGACAAUGUACAUGGAAACACGGAAUCCGGGGCAUAUAAGCAUGUAAAAAAAGUGGUGGAAAAACACAUUAAAGAUACGGAGGCGUCCCAACAAGCGCAACAACAACGAGAACAACAGCAACAACAACAGAAACAAAAAGGAGAAGUUCCAGUCCUUGAGGAAAAGUAGGAAAUGACGGUAACAGAAUAAUUACGAAACAAAAAAAAAAGAGUAAAACAAACGAUCACUAGAUAAGCCUGUCGAGAAAAUCAGCAUCAUAGGAUAAAAUUCAAAUUAAUUUGAAUGAACGAGCACUGCGCGAAAUCGGAGUGCCACAGUUAUCAAUUAUCGGGAUUAUAAACCAGAUACCAAAACGCAUUGAACAUACGUUGUAUGCGCAGCAUUUUGCAAACCGAUGAAAAGAAAAAAAGAAACGCGCCGUAAUCGAUUUUUAAACGAAAAGCAUCGAUCCUUGACGAGCGGAAAGAUGCUGUUUAUUUUAAUUUAAAAGGCUGCCGUACAAGCUCACGUUCAACUGGAACUACGGUUCAAUACAUGUGCUCUGAUGCAGGUGUGUUUUAGUUUAGUUUAAACAUUGUUACGAGAUACGUUUAAUAGUUUACAAAUCAUUAAUAUACGCGAUGAUAGCACGAUUCGAUUGCCAUAUGAGGGUCGACCUUUUUAAAACUAUACCAAUCGGUCAUCGUGGUCUGAUUCAAGUCCGUAUGAAACGGUUCAACAUAUAUUUUUUAAAGCUAUUAAUACAAUGUGAGUGAAUAAGGAAUCAACAAAUCGAUCAACGAAACAAAUUUUUUCAUACGCCAAUCAUUAAACUUCGAUACUGACUGAAA